CAGUCGAGGCGAGUGGCAACUUAUUACUAAAAUGGAUACGAUACCCAAACACAGCAUCCUAGAGAAUAAACCAAAUGCCUUGACGCAAAUUCGUAAACAAUACAAUCUGGAAAAACCCGGACAAAUGAAGGAGGCCAUCGAUAUACUAAAGAACUGGGUACAACAACAAAAACAUUUUAAAAAGAAGGAUUUUCGACCACAUUAUUAUGAAGUUUGUAUCAUUACAUGCAAGGGAUCCAUAGAACGUGCUAAGAGACAGAUUGAUAAAAUUUGCACGAUGAGGACGUUGUUACCGCAGUUCUUUGAAGAGUGUAAUGUUAAAACCGACUUCGCACAGUUAAACGAAGUUAUCUUCACGAUCCCGUUGCCGAAGUUAACCGAUGAUUACUAUAGGGUUGUUAUAAUCAAAAUUUUUGAUAUCAGCGCAAUCAAAGCUUCACAAUAUAUUGAACACUAUAAAACGAAUAUUGUUCUAGCAGAAUACCUAAAAACCCACGACUAUAUGACCGGAUUCACGGUGAUACAAGAUUAUUCAGAGACUAAUCUUAUAGAUCUUGUAUCAAACAUAAAUCUAGUUGAAUUGAAACAAGCAUUUUCAAUUUUCAUAGAAGGUUAUGGAAUGAGAAUUAAAACUAUUCAUAUUAUAAGUGCAUCAAAGGUCGUUAACAGUAUCGUUGCUAUUUUAAAACAAGUGCUUAGUGCUAAGAUCGCUGAUAGAAUUCACAUUCACAAAAAUAUUGAAGAAAUACAUGAAUAUAUUCCAAAAGAAGUGCUGCCGAAAGACUAUGGUGGAGAGGAACGUUGUUUAAAAGAUUUACAAAAGGAAUGGCUGGACGUUCUAUCAUCAGAGGAACACUUGAAGUAUAUGCGAGAAAUUAACGCAGCUGGUACAGAUGAAAAUUUUAGACAAAAAUGCAACUUUAAUGAGCAGUAUGCAGGAAUUUCUGGCACUUUUAGAAUGUUAAGUGUUGAUUAGUUGUUCUUGUAAGUUUGGUAAAAAAAACCGUGGAACAUGAGAGUUAUCAAAUCAUAAUAAUAUUAAAUAUGCUGAAAUAAUUAGACGAUAAUUUUAUUUUCCAAAUCAAUAAAAUUAUUUUUGAUGCGUGGGCAACCGAUUACAAUUUUGUUAUAAGUGAUUUAGUUUGUUAUAUUUUAUUUUCGUUCAUGCCUUCUUUUGGUGAUGGAGUAUUUAUUUUGCCUUAAAAUAAGCGAACUUUCCGAAAUUCCAUCACUUUCAGUUGCAUCGUUUUAAGACCAGAGUUUGUACAAAGUCAAAUAGCUUACUUAAUUUAAUUAAGAUUUUUGGUGAGUGGUCAAAAAUUUGCAAAUAAAUUUCAAAGAAAUUCCAGUCAACUAAUUCAAAGGCAGUUUUGCACAUAGUAAUUAAUGCACAAAAAACAAAUGAGCCCUUGUUUUUUCUAAAUGUUUUUCAUAGUAUUCAAAACGUGCACUAAAUAAAAUGA